AAAAUUUCGUGGGAGACGAGUACAACGCUGAAAUCGGUCACUUCCGGUGCGUGAUGUUUUGGUUUGGGAGCUAGCUUAGCAGCUAAAACGCGUCAGCAGCUACAUCUUUAAACGUUACCGGUCGCUUCGAUGGGAGCCGACCAGACGGAGCCGGAGGUGCCGGCGGACGCGGUGGGCAGGCGGGUGUCCUGCGGCGGGGAGCGAGCCACGGUGCGGUACGCGGGCCCGGUGCCGCCGACAGCAGGGCUGUGGCUCGGCGUGGAGUGGGAUAACCCCGACAGAGGCAAACAUGGCGGCAGCCACGAAGGAGUCCGUUACUUUACGUGCAGACACACAACAGGAGGCUCCUUCGUCCGCCCAGCGAAGGUGAGCUUCGGAGUGGACUACCUGACCGCUGUGCGACAGGUGUACCAGGUUGACACAGAGGAGGUGCUGAGUGAGGAGAUCUCCAUCUCCUCCAAGAAGCUGAAGUGGGGAACCAUCAAGGAGCGCAGUUUUGAGAGUCUUCCAUCAGUGUUACUGAGCCGCAGGGACGUGAACGGCCCCGGAGACGACGGAGAAAUCAGGAGGACAACACCCAACGUCCAGUGGUUGGACCUGAGUGGGACUCUGCUGUCCCGCUGGGAGGACGUGGCCGCCAUCACCCAGCAGCUGGACAGACUGGAGGGACUUCAGCUCAGCUCCAACAGACUGAGUUUGCCCUCUGACCCCGCGGCUCACUGCCAGGCUUUCUGCAGCCUCAAAGUCCUCGCACUCAACAGCUGUGACCUCACCUGGGCACAGAUCCUGGAGUGCGCCCCCAUGUGGCCACAGCUGGAGGAUCUCUGUGUGGAGGAGAACAACAUCACAGAGCUGCAGAGGCCGGAGGGGCUGCUGCAGUCAGUGAGGAGUCUCAGCCUGUCCUCUAACCCUUUAGUGCAGGACAGCGUGCUCAGUAUAUCUGCUCUGCCCAGACUGGAGCAGCUGAACUUGUCCAGGACCGGACUGUCUGUCAUUCAGUUUGAUGACGCUGCUCCUGGAUCAAACACAUCCAUGUUUCCAGCACUGAAGACUCUCAGCCUGGACCACAACAACAUCACAGAGUGGUGUGUGGUGGACGAGCUGGCUAAACUUCCCAGUUUGGUUCAGUUUUCGUGUCGCGGUAACAAACUGGUGAGCAGCGAUGGAAACCCCAAAACAGCCAAUCAGAUGCUGAUCGCCAAACUGGGACAACUGGUCGUCCUCAACAGCUGCGAGAUACACCCCGAGGAGAGGAGGGGGGCGGAGCUUGACUACAUUAAGAUGUUUGGAUUGGAGUGGUUGAAGGCAGGUGGGCGGAGCCAGCCCAGCGCCCAGUUCACCUGUCGGCACCCCCGCUACCAGAGCCUCAUCCACAAGCACGGAGCUCCAGAGGAAGGAGAGCUGAAGAAGCCGGAGCCGUUUGCUCUGAAAAAUCAGCUGUUGAAGAUCACCUUUGUGUUUCCGGAUGAUGCCGAUCGGACGCCGAUUGAGAAGAAAAUUCCAGCUACCAUGGUGGUUCAGAAGGUGAAGGGGCUCCUGUACAGGCUGCUGAAGGUUCCUGCUGCAGAUCUGAAGCUCAGCUACACCAGCCCCAAGAUGGUGGGGACAGAGUUUGAGAUUGACAGCGACCUGAAGACUCUACAGUUUUACUCCAUAGAGGAUGGAGACCAGGUGCUGGUCCGCUGGUCCUGACCUGGACCAGGACAGAAGCUUCAGCUACUUCUGUGUUAGACUGAGAUCCAGCAGCAGACUGUGGACGCCGUCCACCUCUGUCCCUGUUGGAGAGGACGCACGGACUCACACUGAGAGGUGGAUUUUCCAACAGUGACUCUCAGACUGGAUCUGAUGACACACGGAGAAAAUCACUGUUCAGAAUAAUACACGGCAACGCUCCACUUCCUUUAUGGAUUCUAUUUAUAGUCAUCACAGAGUCACAAGCUCAGCUGUACACCUGCAGAAACAAGUUCAAGGAUUUAAGAAAUAAACAGACGUGUCAGCCUUGUUUUGUUAAUGCUGAUCCUUUGGUUUGAGAUGGAACAGUUUGAGUUGGUGGGUUCACACUGAGCUGGAUAAUCUGUGGAAACUCCCUGUUCACAUUUCAGCUUAGACACGUUACAACUGUUAAUGUGUAAUAAACCGUUUCA